AUGUCGCGCCAUCGGAGAACAGGACAGUGCGGGUCGCUUCCUCCUUUUCCUCCCGCCGGAUCUAAGGCGUGCGGCCGUGGAGGCGAGCCUCUCCGGUGGCGGCGGCAAAGGGCGACCACAUGGAUCGGUCCCUGCAGGAGAGAGAAGAUGGGAGAGAGGGAGAGAAGGAAGGAGAGGAGGGAGGCCCUGCGGCGGACGGGAGAGGGUCACCGACCGCGACGAGGUCAGGUACGACCUGGUGGUUGGUGGCGGCUCGAUCCACUCCUGGAUCCUUCUUCUUCCACUUCCCCACUGCCUAACACCAAGGAAGAGGGCUGGCCGAGGAAGAGGGCGAGGACGCGGGGAUUGAAGAGGGUGUUCCUGCGUUCAUCGCCCGGCCAAGGACGAGGACGACAACGUGGGGUGGAGCAUGUCAUCCCUCUGGUUAUCACCUCCUUUCUGCUACUGGGCGGAGAUGAGGGUUUUCUCCACCGAUUGUGGUGGCCUAAGUCAGAGAUCGACAGCCAGAUGCUUGUGGCUACCACACAAAACGUGCUCUCUUGCUGA